CUUUUGGUAGUUGUCAAGCCCAGCCCAAUUCCAGCUUGCUGCACCAAGCCCGCAUUCCAUCGUACCAGCGCUUCGAUCGUCUGUUGGUCACCAGCUUCACCAUUGCCAGCUUUCAUCCCUAGCUUCAACCCAGCCAAGUCGCUUACACAAGUGGUGGCUCGAGCAUAUCUUGACCUCCAGGGAUGGCCUCGCUAUAGGCAUCGGAGUAGAGAGAGACCCCGGGCAACGCCAUAGUACAACCUCAUCAUGGCCACAGUUCGCAUCUGCGUAUGCGGUGAUGAAGGGGCCGGCAAGUCGAGCCUCAUCGCAUCUCUCGUUAAAGACGUUUUCGUGAACAACAAGAUCCAGCCCGUUCUCCCACAGAUUACCAUCCCGCCCAGCAUCGGUACCCCCGAAAAUGUCACUACCACCAUCGUCGAUACCUCGGCCCGUCCGCAAGACCGGACAACCCUUCGGAAGGAAAUCCGCAAGUCCAACGUUAUUCUUUUGGUCUAUUCCGACCAUUAUAGCUAUGAGCGCGUUGCUCUUUUCUGGAUGCCCUAUUUCCGCUCACUAGGCGUCAACGUCCCUGUUGUGUUAUGCGCCAACAAAUCCGACUUGACCGAAAACCCAACCUCUCAGGUUGUGGAGGAGGAGAUGUUGCCUGUCAUGAGCGAAUUCCGCGAGAUUGAUUCGUGUAUACGUGCCAGCGCCCGAGAACACUCAAAUGUCAACGAGACUUUCUUCUUGUGCCAAAAAGCCGUAACACAUCCUAUUGCGCCGCUAUUUGAUUAUAAAGAAGGAUGCCUCAAACCCGCAUGUGUAUUGGCCCUCAAGAGGGUAUUCUAUCUGUGCGAUAAGGACCAAGAUGGCUUUUUGAAUGAUCAGGAGAUUCAGGAUUUCCAGGCCAAAUGCUUCGACAAGCCCUUGUCGCCUGAGGAUCUCGAUAACAUUAAACUAUCCAUUUCCAAGUCGGUCCCUGGCUCCGAGACCGAGAAAGGUGUUAGCAUGGAGGGAUUUUUGCAAUUGAACAAAAUGUAUGCGGAGAAGGGACGCCACGAAACGAUUUGGGUAAUCCUGCGCAAAUAUCAUUACACCGAUAGCUUAAGCUUGGAGGACUCCUUCAUCCACCCCAAGUUGGAUGUCCCAGAAUAUGCUUCGGCUGAGCUCAGUCCCGCAGGAUAUCGCUUUUUUAUGGAUCUUUUCUUGUUGUUCGAUAAAGAUAACGACGGAGGUCUGAACGACCAGGAGCUUGAAGCACUUUUUGCUCCCACCCCAGGACCGCCUCAGUCUUGGGUUGAAGCUUCAUUCCCAUCUUCAACUGUUCGCAACGAAGCUGGCUAUAUCACGUUACAGGGCUGGCUUGCCCAAUGGAGCAUGACCACCUUCCUAGAGCCUAAGACUACAUUAGAAUACCUUGCCUAUUUAGGUUUUGAAACCCCGACUCCCCGGGGCUCCUUAACCUCAGCGUUGAAAGUAACGCGACCGCGCAAGCGAAGGCGACGGCCUGGUAAAGUGGAACGUAAUGUGGUGCUGUGCUACAUCAUCGGCGCGGCCGGAGCUGGCAAAUCGUCUCUCCUAGAUGCCUUCCUCAAUCGACCCUUUGAUGGCCUAUAUCACCCUACUAUCAAGCCUCGCAGGGCCGUGAAUAGUGUCGAACUACCAGGCGGAAAGCAGUGCUAUCUGAUCCUGGAGGAACUCGGCGAGCUAGAGCCUGCUAUUCUGGACAACCAGGCCAAGUUGGAUACUUGCGAUCUUAUUUGCUACACUUAUGACUCGUCAGAUCCAGAUUCUUUUUCGCAUAUAGUUGAGCUCCGAAAGCAAAACCCACGCCUAGAUGACAUGCCUUCGAUAUACACGGCCUUGAAAGCGGACAGGGACAAGACAACACAGCGAUGCGAGCAACAGCCCGACCAGUAUACCUUGGGUCUUAUGAUGGGAACACCAGUUCAUGUCAGUGUUACCUGGAAUAGCAUAGGAGAACUCUUCGUUGCGCUUGCCGAGGCUGCUACAAAUCCGAGCACCGCAUUCCCGAAGAGCGAGGAACCGCCUCCAGAUAGAACAAGCCUCUAUCUUGCGCUCGGAGCGACAACGUGUGCAGCUGUGGCCGCCUUCAUGAUUUGGAGGCGCUCCACUAAUUCUGUCUGACAUCGAAUUCCUCACUCCUCACUACCACUACUUUAAGCGUACUCUACCUCUGGUCUAUGUCUCCUCACACCGCGCGCUUAGAGACAUGGUUUACAACACUCGUCUACAAGUCGUGAGCAUCAGAUAUCUAGGACAUAGUUAUAGCCUUUUACUUGUUUACUUAUGAAUGAUGGAUUCCCA